AAAUCGUGUACACACAGGUGAUCAAAAUAUCAACAGAGCUACGUUUUGUAAGACUGUGAGUAGGCAUAAUUGAAGUCGACAUUUUGCGUUCUAGAAUAUUCGAAACAGUCUUUAAAAGCAGCAUCCUUGCCCCCACUGGACAUCAUUUCUGAUUUUCCCAGACGCUAGCUACCAUCUGAAAUUCGUGAGAGAAUACAACUAGUUGAAUCGUUCAGUUUUGUUGGAGGAAAACGAAAGUGUAGAAGUUUGACCAUGUCUGUGACAGUCAAAGCGUACCUGAAACGCGGCGAGAACGCCAACAAGGAAAUCCGGCGUUUCUCUGUGGACCAAGGAGCUGCUUCUAACUAUGAGUACAUGUCCAAGACCGUAGCUCAUGUGUUUCCAUCCUUGGGAAACCCUGACAACUUUACAUUGGCCUACAAAGAUUCUGAGAAUGACUUGAUCACCUUCUCCAGCGAUGAGGAGCUUGUGGAGGCACUGGGCCAGAUGAGUGAAGAUGUGUUCCGCAUCUAUGUCCGAGUGCUCCCAGGCCGUAGAGGUGAGACUAGCACUGACUCAGGCCCCGGGGUCCAUGAGGAAGACAUCUUCCAUCCAGGGGUCAUCUGUGAUGGCUGUGACUCCCCGAUCCGUGGACCGCGCUUCAAGUGCAUCGAGUGCCCUGACUACGACCUGUGUAAAGUCUGUGAGGAGAAAGGUCUGCAUGAACAGCACCAGUUUGUCAAGUUCCGCCGCCCACAGAUAGGCCGCUCUAGAUGCGGGGGAUUUGGUUUCCACCCUGGCAUGUGGCGUGCAUUCGGCCACCCAGGCUGGCGCCACUGGUGGUGGGCGCAGCAGCAGCAACAGCAGCAGCAACAGCAGCAGCCACAGCAGCCGCAGCAGGGGUGUGGUCAGGACAAUCCCCAGAACACAGAGGGAGCAUCUAACCCUGAGGAGAGUGGCCAGGGUGGGGCUACCCCAGGAGAAGGCCAGGCACCAUUCAACCCUGCGAGCUUCCUUCAUGACAUUGGACAGAGCGUGGCUCAAAUGUUGGAUCCUCUGGGCAUUGAUGUUGACAUAGAUGUGGAGCACGAGGGCCAGCGUCGCAAGUGUGGUGGCACUGGACGCGGCGGGCGCUUCCACAACUGGGGCUACGGACACGGUCCCGGACAUCAUGGUCACAAACACGGCAAGAAGAAAGGCUGCAAGGGGAAAUGGAAGUACUGUGAGUCCAGUGAGGAGGAACAACAGCAGCAACAGACAUGGGAGGCAAUGCGGGGUGCUGCAGCUGCUGCUGCAGGUGCUGCUGCAGCUGCUAGAGCUGGUGCUGCCACUAACAAGGCUGGUGGAGAUGCUGGAAAGUCAGGCAGCCAGAAAGGAGCCAAGGAAAAUGAGACCAUGGAGACUGACAGUGCUGCUGGAGGUCGUCAGGAUGAGCCUGGUUGGACUUUGCUGGAUGAAUCCAGUUCUAGCCAGUCUGGACCGGGACCAUCAGCUCCGCCUGUGACUGGUUCUGAUGCCACAGACGAAGCUGUGCAGAAUGAAGCUGACAAACUGCAAGAUCUGCACAUCAGCCCUCAUCCAGAUGAGCGUAUUGCCAAUGCCCUGAGCUACAUGAAAGCCAUGGGAUACACUGAUGACGGUGGCUGGUUGACUCGCUUGCUGGAGACCAAAGCAGGAGACAUCAAUCGUGCUCUGGAUGCUAUCAAGUUUGGUUCACAGCAGCAGCAGCAGCAGCCGCAGCCGCAGCUACAGCAGCCGCAGCCGCAGCCACAGCAGCCUCAGCAGCAGCAGAAGUAAUCGUUGGAUGGAUGGGACCAGCAAGAUCAAAGGCAUUCAGUGAAAAGAAGACGGGACAAAUUAUUCUUUACAGUUGUGAAACUUUCGAUUUGUGAUCUCCCCCCCCCCCCCGUAAAAUCAAAUAAAAUUAAUGCACAGCAUUGUUUUAUGUUGAAACUUUCUUAUGAGGAUGAAGUAAUUAUCAUGUUAAUCAUUGUCAUGAUUAAGUCACCUACAUUUUUGAAAUUGACAUUGAAUAUUCUGUCAGGCUCGUCUAAAAUUUGGAACCUUUAGAUUUGGUAUUGAAGGCUCCCUAAAAGCAGAAACAGGUACUUCUUGCGUAUUAGCAGUCGUCCUUCUACACUUGACAUGCUCCUGUUGUCUCCAGUUGUGUACACAAACAGGGCCCAAUUUCAUGGUUCUUGCUGUUACUGGAAAGGUCGUUGCUUAUGUUUGCAGGAUACGUUGGCACAGAAUUGUGGCAGUUGCUUUGUAAGCAUUAAAUGGUGGUGUGCCAAAUUCUGUAGUUUGCAGAGUCAUGGAUUUGGGCUCGGGUGGUGUUCUGGGGGUAACAUUAUAAAGAAUCUCCUUCGUAUCAGAAUAAGCUUAGUUUAAAUUCUAUUUAAAAAAAUCUCGCCCCAUUAUUGCAUUUUUAGAUCUAGUAUCCUAGAUUUUGACCUGGCUGUGUGGAUGUUGCACUGAAUGCUUUGAGUGAGUAGAUCUAGCAGUGAGGUGUGGCAGUAUGCUGGAUGCAUUACUUUUGGCUGGACCGAGUUUUGCAUUCUCCUCACUGCUUUCAGUUCAUUAUCUUGUUAACCAUUAUAUUAAUAGCUUGUAGUUUGCUUUUCCAUAUAUACAUGUAACAACUAAGUAACAGAGACAUUUUGCCACAAAUCGUAUGUCAGGUUGUGAAUUGGUAAUCAACUUUGAAAUUCUUUUCCGUGAGUUUGUGAGGCAUGAAAAUUAUGCUUGGUUUCCUUAAAAUUCUUUACGUCAUGAGCUGAUAUAUCAACUUGAAAUGGCACCUGCUUAAGAUAGCCAGUUUGAUGUUACUGCGCAUUAGUUCCAUAUUAUAAAAGCAACUUGUUCCAUUGUCUCCAAGUUAAGCUCUUGAAAUGUUCGCAAACUGCAAAAAUCUCAUCUGCAACUUGAUAGCCUUGUUGUGGUCAAUGUGUCUCAGUAAGUUAAGACAUUAUUAUCCCUGAGUAUAUGCCUAGUAAGUUACGUUGUAUCUCUAAUGCUAUAUUCCUUUUGGUGAAAUGCUUCCAUGUACUAUUAUCAGCUACAUGAUAAGUUGUAGAAAUAUUGCAUAGUGGAAUAAUUAUACAUGUAGUAUGCACUUGAUGACAUCUGUGAGCUUUAGAAUCCCAAGCAAAGUCAGAUUCUGUGUUGACCUAUUACUGCAUGUAGUCAAUUAAAGCAUGGAUACGGGCAUAAUGCUUAUAUUUACAUUUUUCAUUUUGAAUGUGAAUUUAUUCACCCAAUGUUGUCAAUUGUUUAGCAUAAGUUUUCUUUCUGUUUGUUUCAUUUAACUUGACCAUUUGGUGUAGAAUAUAGUGCACUUAAAAGGUUACAGCUGA